AUGGCAGACGGGAAAGAGGAAUUGUUGUACAAGAAGCUUCUGGAUCCAGACAAUUAUGAGAAGGAUGUCAGACCAACUCUACAUCACACGAUGCCGACCAAUGUCACUCUGGGAUUUUUGCUCAAUCAAAUCGUUGAAAUGGAUGAACGCAAUCAAGUGCUCACCACUCGAAGUUGGCUGAAUGUGAACUGGCUUGAUCCACGUUUAACAUGGAACGUAACCGAAUGGAGCGGUAUCAAAACCAUGUACGUUCCAUAUCACCGAUUGUGGAAGCCUGAUAUCAUUCUUGUGAACAACGCGGUUCGUCAAUACUACGAAGCAAUCGUUAGUACCGAUAUAAUGACCACAGCUGAUGGAAACGUCACAUGGCUAUUCUCGGCAAUCUUCAAAUCAUCAUGCCAAAUCAAAGUUCGCUACUAUCCGUUCGACGAUCAGGAAUGCUUCCUGAGAUUUGCAUCUUGGUCACAUGAAUUGAACGAACUCGACUUGAAAUUAAUUACCAACAAAGGCGAUCUGUCCAGUUAUAUGAACAAUAGUGAAUUUGAUCUGGUGGAAAUGACUGCGUCCAGAGAGGUCCAUCCUCAGGAAUUUGCUCGUUCAUUCCAGAUCGUCUCAUUUCCAACGGACACCACGUUGAAGUGGCCUGUCAUAGUGAUACGAAUUCGAAUGCACCGACGUCCGCUUUUCUAUAUAUUGCCUUGUGUUUUGAUCUCAUCAAUGGCUGUCCUUGGAUUUUUCAUGCCUCCUGAAACAGGUGAAAAAAUCAAUAUGUGCAUAACAACAAUGCUUAGUAUGGGCGUUUACUUACAGUCCAUAACUGAAUCGAUACCACCAACUUCUGAAGCCGUUCCUCUGAUUGGAAUGUAUUAUGUGGCAUCUCUAUUCAUGGUCUGUUUGGCCACCUCUGUGAACGUGAUAACGUUGAAUGUGCAUCGAAAUGGAGCUGCCAAUCAAGGACGUCGUGUGCCCUGGUGGAUGGAAAAAUAUAUACUCGGCUAUAUGGCCACACUGUUGCGAAUGACCAUACAUGAACCAGAUUCGAUUGCUUUAUUAAGAACCUCUCAGACGAAAGCAUCGAUGAUUCGACGGAGCAGUAUACUUCGAGAUUUGAAGCGAGUGAAGAACACUGAGAAUCGACGCAGUGCGAACAGUAACAAUGAAGAUGGCGAGUGUGAAUGUUAUCGCACGGCAUAUUCAGCGGUGGACAGGGUGAAUGUGACCGAGGCGUCACUGCUGAGUGAUCCGGAACAGAUUCGACGAGAGCGCCUUCGAUCUAGAGAGGGAGGCAUGGACUCGGCUUUCCUAGGCCGAGUUGUUAAGGAACAGUUGCUGCCAAGGAUAACAAAUCAAAGACCUCAGAUGUUAGCCGAAUUUGAAGAGCGUUUUCGAAUGAUGCUCAAGAGGAUAUAUCGUAGCUUACAACAGCAUGAGAUUCGAGAAGAGAUUUUGGAUGAAAGGAAACGAAUAAUGUGGCAAUGGCAACAAUUGGCAACAGUAGUUGAUCGUUUCCUGCUGGUGCUCUUCUUCCUGGCUACCGUCUCUACAAUAGCGUUCUUCCUUGUGCUACCAGUUACAUUUCGAAGUGCCGAUGGACAGUCACUUUUUUUGUGA